UAUCUUUGAAGUUUGAAUAAUAAUUCUGUUAAGAGAAAUAAGUUUUCUCUACUUAUUUAAUAUUUAUGAAUUAAUCAUUUAUUGUGUCUUUAUUUUUGUUGGAGGUUUUUCGUUUUACAGUAAUACUUGGUUUUCACUUUUCUAAUCUAAUUCCCAAUUACCUAAGAUUCGAUAUCGAUAGUCUGAUGUGUAUUAAACUGUUAAAUGUGUUAGACUAUUAAACUAUUAUUUUGAUUGUUUAACUAUUAUGUAGUUUUUAGCUGUAGGUACAUUUAUAGUUAGAUAAUAGAUAUCUUCCAAGAAGAAAAGGAAUAGAAACAAAAGAAAUGCUAAACUGAUUAUACAUUUUUAGUCAUGAAAUAUCUUUCGGAACAGAAAUAAUAAAUAAAUAUUACUACCUAUUUUAUAAAAAAAAAAUUGGGUAAUUGGUAAUACGAGAAUGUUUCAUAAAAAUAGUAUUUUAUCUAUUUUCGUGAAAUCUUCAAUUUUAUUUAGAAAAAAAUAUAAUUUCCAAUCAUUUCCAAAAAGUCAUGUCAGUUCAACAUUUAACGAAUGGAUAUUAAUGUUUUUUAAAACACAUCCUCCUUACAAUAAGUUUGUGUUAAAGCCAACUACACUAGUAAAUAAUGAUUUAGAGGCAAGAACAUUGGAUAAAGCUCCAAUAUCACUAAAAUGUAAUACAAAUAAUGAAUUACUCAACAAAUUCUCAUCUACAAGCUCAUUAUCAACAAUUAAUGAAAUUGACAAAGAACUUGAAAAUCGUAUUGAUGUUAUGACAAUUGAACAAAUAAUGCAGUUGAUGGAUUCUUGUUUGACUUCAAAAAAUAAGUUAUCCAAAAAUUCUAAAGCGUUUAAAAGAUGUCUUCAAAUAAUGAAUGAAAAUUGGUUUAGAAGGCCUGAUUUAAAUUGUUAUCAAACUGUACAAUUGAUGUAUUAUGCUAGUAUUUAUAAACAUAAAGCAUAUAACACGAUUAGUUUUGGUUUGCAGAAAAUAAUGAAUGAAUUAAGUUAUGUGAAAAAAUUUAGUAAUGAAGAACUAAGUGUUUUGGCUGUUGCUACUUAUAAGACUGGAGUUAAAGUUAAUGACAAACUUUUAAGAUUAUUUGUCUAUAGACUAGAAAAAAAACUAGACGAGCUUUUACAAAAACCUAUACUUUUUAUAUCUUUACUUAAACCAUUAAAAAAAGCCAAGUACCAUGAUCCUACACUAAUAAAAACGCUAACUACCUCCCUUAAAUGUGAUGGUAGUAAUCUAGUAAUAAAAGAUUUUACUUCCAGCGUUCAUUUACUUUCAUACUUAGCUGAUUCCAAUUGUGGUGAUAUAAAAAAUUUACAAAAACUUAUUGACUCAAUUGAAAAUUCAAUGAUUCAAGAUAAUAUGAAAAAUUAUCGAAUAAAGGAUUUAACCAAUUUUCUAUUUUCAGUUAGUUAUUUAGGAAUAACUCUAAGUAACCAUAUUGUAGAAAUAAUAGACAGUUACUUGUAUGAAGUUUUUAAUACUAAAGAUAAAUGUAUUAAAUAUUCCAAUAUGUUAAUCAGUGUUUGUUUAUCUAUGUGGAUGCUGAAAUGGACAUCUUCCAAGUUAAUACAAUUUGUAUUUUCCCAAGUACCUAUUUCUGCACUAAGAUCGCCAAAUAUUCAUAAACAAAAUAAUAGGCUUGAUCUUUUGUUAACAUCGGUUUCCAUUGAAAAGCCAGAGCUCCUGCAACAUUGUAAAUUUAUUGAAACAAUAGAGAAUAUGCCAAAACCUUGUAGCCAUAUAAAUGAGCGACCUUUAUUACUAAACGUUUUUAAGAACUUACAAGAGUUAUCCAAGGAUUUAAAGUUUUCAAGUAUAGAGUACAACUUUAGCAUACCAAAUCUAAAAAUACUAGGAAUUAAAAUUAUAAAUAAUAACAAGAAUAAAAUAUAUGUUGAAGUAUUGGACAGUUGUACUUGCCUUGCUAAUACAGGAAUUCCUAACGGUACAAUGAAAUUAAAGCUCCGAUUAGAAUCAAAAUUGAACUUCACUGUUAUUACUGUGAAUCAUAUGGAUAAUGUUCUACAAAAUUCAAAAUCGUUGAAGAUUUAUUUGGAAUCAUUAUUAUUAAAACAAUUUAAUAUUGUGUAGCUAACUAUUUUAAUCAGUAAAAUGUUG